AUGACGAAACUUGCCAUAUAUUUUGUAACAUGGAUUUCUGCUUGUGUAACACUUGCAGCAACACUACCAGACAUUCAUCAUAAAAUGACACAAUCACAACUUCAAGAAGUUUUUCAUGUGGAUCAUAAAGAUUUAGUGCCAAAUUAUGAAAUAGUGUCGUUAAAUCAUCAUUUGUCACACAAUCAUCACAGUAUCAAUAGACGUAGCAUAAAUAGUGAUAAUUUAUUGGAUAAAAAUAAUAAAGUGUCUAGUGUAGUAAGUGAAAGUAGUGGUAAAUCAAAAGUUGUAAGCAAAAAUAAUCAUCAUGUGAAGAAAGAUUUGAGUAAAAUACCAUUUGAUAGCAAUAGUAUAAGUUAUGAGGAAAAGAAAAGUUUUCAUAAUUAUGAUUUAAAGAAAAUUAAUGAGCAUAAUGUAUCGUUUAGUGCAUUCGGUGAGAAUUUAAAUUUAACAUUAAAGCCCACAGAGGGUCUGUUUCGUGACGGACCGAAUUCAUUGAAAAUGUGGCAUGUUCGGUCGGAUGCAAAUGCAAGCCAAGGAGUUACCUAUGAAAGGAUCAAAGACGAUUCCGAAGAUAUUGGAGAUGUUUUCCAAGAUCCACAAAAUAUGGCUGCAAUACUACUAAGAAAGCAUCUACAAAGUGGUGAUCUCUUAAUGGAAGGAAGUGUAGGUCAUGAAUUAAUAAUUCGUCCAGUGCCAUUGGAUGUCUCAAAAGCAGAUGAUGGUAGUGUUCAUCAUGUAAUUUAUAAACGAGACAGUGAGCGACAAUUAGAUGAGCAAUUAAGUGAUUUUGCAUAUAUGGAACCUGAUCGAUUACAGAAGCGAUACAAGCGCUCAUCAGAUGCUGAAGCUGAGAAUGUUGAAAAGACAAGGAGUAAACGUGACAUUCCAAAUGUCAUUUAUCCGGAAAUUCUAGUUAUUGUAGACUACGAUGGAUACCGAUUACAUGGUGGUGAUAAUGUACAGAUUAAACGAUAUUUUGUGUCAUUUUGGAAUGGAGUUGAUCUAAGAUAUCGUCUAUUAAAAGGUCCCAAAAUCCGUAUAAGUAUUGCCGGCAUUAUCAUUUCAAGGGGACGUGAUGCUACACCUUAUCUGGAACGUAAUCGUGUUGGACGGGAUGCAAUUGAUUCAGCUGCCGCACUUACGGAUAUGGGAAAAUAUUUGUUCCGCGAGAGGAGACUUCCGGUUUAUGAUAUUGCAGUCGCAAUCACAAAAUACGAUAUGUGCCGGCGAAGGAAAGGAGGUCGAUGCACUAAGGGCACUGCCGGAUUUGCUUAUGUAGCUGGUGCAUGCGUUGUCAACAAGCGUCUCGAGAAAGUCAACAGUGUUGCCAUCAUUGAAGAUACUGGUGGAUUCAGUGGAAUUAUUGUUGCUGCUCACGAAAUUGGUCAUUUACUUGGCGCUGUUCACGAUGGAUCACCACCACCAAGUUAUUUGGGUGGACCGGGAGCUGAAAAAUGUAGAUGGGAAGAUGGAUACAUCAUGUCAGAUUUAAGACACACAGAAAGGGGAUUUAGAUGGUCAGCAUGUAGUGUACAAAGUUUCCAUCAUUUCCUCAAUGGAGAUACAGCAAGUUGUUUACAUAAUGCUCCACAUGAAGAUGAAGCUCUAGGACGACAACUUCCAGGAACUCUCCUCUCACUCGAUGCACAAUGUAGGCGAGACCGUGGAACAUCAGCAUGCUUCAAAGACGAACGUGUGUGUGCACAAUUAUUCUGUUUUGAUGCAUCCAGUGGCUACUGUGUGGCAUACCGACCUGCUGCUGAGGGAUCAACAUGUGGUGAUGGACAGCAUUGUCUGGAUGGCAAAUGUGUAGCAGAGAACGAGAAUAUAAUUCCGGAUUAUUCACAGCACACGGCAUCAUAUAUCAGUCCAAAUUCAUUUAAUUCACAGUUCCAAAAUGAUUUGCGGAAAGCAUUAAAUGAGAAUGAUGAAAGUUCAGCGUCGACAAGCAGCAUAGAUACAACAAAAAGUUAUGCUCCAACAACUACUAGCACUACUCCCAGCACAACCACAAGCACAACUGAAUCUACAACAAAAAGCACAACAACAACAACUACCACAAUUCAACGAAGUACAACGACGGCGUUAGUGACGACAAAGAGAUAUCCAUUAUGGAAGAAUUCAGAUGAUGUUCCGAAAACACCGAAAACCUAUUUCAGUAAUUCAUUUUAUCAGAAUAAUAAUAAUAAAAAUCAAAAUAAUAUCAAUGGACCGACCUACGAUACGAAAAGUCCUUUUAAUAAAAUAGUGACAAAGAGACCGUCGUCUGAUAAUGAUAAUGACAGUGAUAUAUCAUCGGCGACAAAGCCAGCAACAUCUCCCACAAUAAAUCCAUUUUAUUAUGGUUUUAAUCGUUUGCCAAGAUACAGCACAACGUCACGAUAUAAUACACAACAAUAUAACACUAAAUUAUCGACGACAACAAUUACAACACAAUCACCACCCAGCACCAUAAAACCUUCCACAAUUAAUAAUAAAAAUAUCCGUACUCCUUAUCAAAACCACCAUUAUUAUUUCACAUCCACAAAGAAACCCGAUUUGCUGGCACAUUCACCGACUUAUGCGACAAACUAUGAAGUUGAUAAUAAUUAUCAUGAGAAUAAUAAUAAUGAUGAUAUUGUUGAGACUGUAAAGCCUAAAUCAUCGACAUAUAAUCCUGUAUUUGAUAUUUAUUUCAAGCAAAUUGCUCGACAGAGGACGGCAGUGCCGAAAAUAUGA